AUGCGUUCCACCCAACACGGCGACAUCAUCGCCCCGGUGAAGCGACUGGAGGCUGAUGCGCGCCAUUGGUCGAUUUUGUACCCGUCGCUGAAGCUCGGCGGGAACUGGAGCAACAUAUUUCUGUCAAGAGCCCUCGUGCCUUCCCUCGCGGCCAUCAACGCCGCAGUCUGUCAAGGCUCUUCUUCGCUCGCCGGGGUCCCCCUUAAGGACUCUGGGGAAGAAGCUGAGCCUGACGGGCUUGUCUGUGCGGAGUCGGAAGACUUCGCCAGAUGGAGGGAAGGGCACGAGGCUGAAGAAUCACGGAAGCCGUUUGAAUUUGACGUGAAUCUGGCCCUGGACAUUGUCCGAAAUCACCCAAAUUCCUCCUGUCCGAACAGCGACCCAGUCAAGCACCCUCCCUCCACCGACAUCAUGAAGACUGCACGAGACGAUGAGAAGACCAUCAAACCUGCCCGAUCUCUCAUAAUGUUACCGCCAAACCACUCCACCCAACCUCACGCCAUGCCACUCUCAUCUCCUCCACAAAGUACCAACAAAGGCAGACUCCCCGUGCAGAAGCAGCACACAGUCAUCGAAGCACCCUUUUCCCAUCUGACGAGAAUCCCUGCACCAGACAUCAGUCAGCAUCCAAUGAACCAGCCUAAUCCCUUUACUUCCACCAGCGACGCGCCUUCCCUGAUCAGCACGACCAAGAAAGAGGAAAUCAAGCGACUGGUGAAAGAGGCCAGACGACGAUUUGACGAAAAGGAACGCGAAGCUGAGCGCGACGAGGUUGAACGCGAAAAGGCUGAACGUGAAGCUGAUCUGCAAAGCAGAAUCAAGUUCGACACAGUGCCGAUGCCUGGAAACGCGUUUGUUAGAGGGAACUACGAUAAUGGCAAAAUCCAAGACAACCCAUUCAGUGCGAAGGCAGUUGGCGCCGCAGACUCAGCCAGCCCAAACACUCCAGAGCCGUUUGCUUGCCGACCCAUCGCGCCUCGUCCUGUGCCACGAAAAAGCUCUGACACAGCGAACACUUACAAUCUCAGCAACAACCUGUCAGCGUUCCAACUUGGUGCCGAGAAUGUCCAGAAUGACCUCUUCACCGUCUCCACUGAAGGUUCACCAAUGGCUGGCACAUCCACCCCGGGCAGGGCUACUGUUGGUAGCAGCAAGUCGGUUGUAACACCACUUUCAGAGGGACUUGAGCACAAGAAGACUGGUUUACGCAAAGUCACCGAUCUGUUCAAGACAAAAUCCGAGAAGCCUCAGCCCGACUCUGCCUCGCCACAGAACACUGACAUGCUUCACCGACCUGAUCUCGAACGUUACUUGCGCACUACCACCAACAAUCACAGCUACGAUUAUGAUCAAGGACAGCCAUAUUCGCGUCAUCCAAACACAAGCCGGGCCUGGCACUCUCGCAAUCUCAAAUGCACCACUUGCCUCGACCACUGCUGUGCUGUCUGCGGUCGCGCAUGCUGUGCCUACAAAGCCGCUGCACUGGCCGUCAAGAUCCACAAAGACAACCCAGAAUCGCUCAAGAUGGCAGAAGAGAGACUCCUCCAGAUCGCUUUCCUCUUCCCAUAUGGCCAAGAGGCACCUACUUUCCUCCAAUGCACCAAAGGUGGCGAGAUCGGCUGCGGCAAGAUGGUCUGCCCGGACUGUUGUGGAGAAUGCCCCAAUCCGAUCUGCAAGGACAUCCAGUGCCGAAAAUGCAAGAAGAACCCGUGGGCGGAAUGCUUGUGGCAUGAUGAGGAUAUGAAUCGCCGCGCUCUAUGA